AUGCUGAAAUAUGAUCAUACAAAAAUAAAUAAGGCUGCAAAGCGUGGAGCGAUGAUGGCGUCCGUUUUUGCAAUGCAAGGAUUUGGAAUUUUAUUCGCUGGAGUUGUAUCUUUUGUUACUUUAUUAGCUUUUCGACCGUUAAUUUUAUCAAAUUCACAAAAUCUUGAUUAUGUUUGGCGUAUCUUUAUUGGUGUCGAUGUUCAAGGAAAUGUUGAAAAAGGUGAAAUUGAAUCAGAAUAUAGAAUCGUAAUACAAAAAGCUACUUGGAAAGAUUUCAUACAUCAUUUUGGACAAUGGGAAAAUGGAAAAGUUUUACUUGGAACUUCUGUUACUUGGUUCGCUCAUGAUUUUGCUUAUUAUGGUAUUGGUUUAAAUAAUGCUAUAAUAUUAGAAGCUAUAGGUUAUGUAAAAACUGAUGAUGCUUAUCAAUCUUUAUUUAAUAUUUCUUUUGGAAAUAUUGUUAUAACUCUUAUGGGUACAAUACCAGGUUAUUGGUUUACAGUAUUUUUAGUAGAUUCUUUAGGUAGAAAAUAUAUUCAAUUACAAGGUUUCGCUUUACUUACAAUAAUAUUUAUAAUUAUGGGUUUGGUUAUAAAGAAAUUAUUACAAAACCAAUUCCAAUUUUUUCAAAAUUUUGGUGAAGUUUUUCCAACAAGAUAUCGUUCAACUUGUCAUGGAAUUUCUGCUGCUUCUGGUAAAUUAGAUAUUGGAGGAAAAAAUCAAUCCGUUAAUCAUUUAUUUAAAUUUUUUGGUUUUUUCACUUUUAUUGGAUUUUUAUUUACUUUAUUAAUACCUGAAACAAAAGAUACAAAAGAUAUUAUUAUUGACGAUCCUACUAUAUUAUCUUCGAGAAGUAUUAGAAAAUCUAGAGCUUGGUAUGAGGAGGAUGAUGAUUUUAGUGAUGCUUCAUAA